GAAGCCUGCAUCUACCUGUAUUCCCGCCAACAGGGCCACCCCUUGAGGCCCAGGAGAAGAACAUGCUGUCAGUAUGAAGCGUCCAGCCCUGUGCCUCCCGGAUGUGAUGAGGGGAGACCUCCGACGCAGUUCAGGCCUGACAAGUUUGCCAAGGUCGGUAGAAGCUUGGACCUUGUUUACCGUCUAUGAAUAUUUCGACUACCAACCACUGAUGUUUGACACCUCGAGGCCCAGAGAGGAAACUCCAAGAGAGUACAACCUCACUUAUCUUGCUCAUUAUAUGCUAGGGUUGGCAUACAUACAUGAGGACUGCACUCUCCGGUCUUGGCUUGGCAGCCUUGUGGAUGGAGAUAUGCCCGAAGCCCCUGCCUAUAAGCCAGUCAUUGGCCUCGUUGCUUGCACCUUUACCCUUGUGCGUCAUGCAAGGAUCUGGCCAUUUGUGCAGUAUCGCCAUCCCCCAUAACGAUACCCGGAAUGUCUCGGCGACUCCCAGUGGAUAGAGUGACUGUCAACUUACAAGGCAUUGUACUAAGUUUACUCUUACAUAACUCCUCGAGUCCGAGAUACGAGAUACGAGAUCGGACUAAAUCUGGGGACCCCGUUCCGAUAUUUGAGGUCUGAUCAGAGGUGGAGCGGAGCAUGUCAACGUCGAUCGAACAUGAGAGAAGAAAAAGCAAUAUAAGUGACCAACACUCAGCAAGAAUCAUGGUGAGACAGAACCAAUUCGAUUACAAGGGACAGAGAUUACAAUAUCACUAAUACUUACCGAAGAUCGCCCAACCGGCGUGACGGCACAACAGGGACGGUGGAACUUGGCACAGGUUGAUAAGACAGUGGUUACCUCAAGGAAAUGAGAGGCUGAGACAGCCGGUUUUGAGCUACCAUCGUUGCUUUUGUCUCCAUACACGGCUGUCGUGAUGUGUUACACAAACAAACAGUGACUAGCGACUGAGAAGUCACCGAUCAUCGUGAAUGGGGGCCUUUGACAAGAUCUUGGAUUCUAAGCUGAUCAAGACACAAGGGCUCUCAGCUGAAUAGACAAGCUCAUGACGCCUCACUUCACAUACCGGUACUGUCGUGUGACAUUGGGAAUGGGGUCCUGGUUUUGGGGCUCUGCGGGAUGAACAAACAGGGGGGGAUACUUGACAGCGGCAGCCUGUUGCAAUAGCCGAAAGCUUGCCUCGUCAUAAUUAAAUUGUCUGGUCAUUGGGCUGUUUACGAGGAGGGAUAAGUGGAUAUCAUCACCUUAAUUCUUUUGGACCAUGUGGGCUGUACCGACCCGACAGUUUGUGGUAUUGGGAAAAUCGACACAUAUCUCAUUCCAGUGCUUGAUCUAGCCUUUAUGCCAGCCGAGACAGUAAAACAUGAUUCAGAUGAUCAGUUUGUUAGCCUUGAUCUGAGUCGUGAGACAACCUUGGUCAAUACUUGUUUUGCAUUAGUGGCUGUCUAACGUUGAAAAGGCCAUCAUAAUAACUGGGUAUUUCGGAUGGUGACUCCAGAAAGAGUAUGGCAGUCGAAUGGAUAAAGGAGCUCUUGGUUACAGACCCUUUCACGAUAUCGUCGCGAUGUCACGUGAAUCAAACUCUGGAUCCCACCUUGGCAGGAAUGGGAGGUACUUUGGUGUUAUCCUGUAGGGCUGAUCACCUCUUGUUCUAGGGGGUUUCAGCGAGCACCCAUAACCAUUUCUGUUAGCACACAAGUACCCCCACCAAACGGAAAUUUCUCCAAGAUCCCCUCAUCAGAACACGCAGCUCACCACAAGAUCACUAACGGUGACCCGUUCAGCCUGUCUAUCCAUUUCUUUUAUCCCCGAUCUCCUUCUCUUCCAGUGGAAAAUCCAAGAUGGUCUAUUAUUUCACCUCCAACGUGGUCGAUCCUCCAGGAUUCAUCUAUGUCGGCAAGGACAAGUUCGAGAGUAUGCUUAUGCCCAAUGACAAUCAUAACGCGCUGUUCCCCACCGGCUGAGACUUGAUGCUAGAUGAGGACCUGAUCAAGUUCGGCUGGGAAGAGGAUAUCUGGGUGAGAUGACCAACCAAAUCUCAGUGAGAAUAGAGCAAACUGACAACAUUGGGUCUAUGUAGUUCCACGCGGAUAAACUCUCCAGCGCGCAUAUCUACCUACGCAUGCAAGAAGGCCAGGCAUGGGACGCCCUCCCUGAAGAACUCGUCAUGGACCUCGCCCAACUGACAAAGGCCAAUUCCAUCGAGGGCAACAAGAAAGACAACGUCACAGUCAUCUACACACCAUGGUCCAACCUCAAGAAAGACGGCAGCAUGGAGGUCGGCCAAGUCGGCUUCAAGGACCCCCGCAAAGUAAAGCGCGUCCUGGUUCCCCAGCGCGAGAACCCCAUCGUCAACCGUCUUAACAAGACGAAGGUUGAGAAGAAGCCAGACUUUAAGCAGGAGAGAGAUGAUCGCCUCAAGGAACUGCGACGUCGUGACCAGGCAGCUUUCCAAGCCAGGAAGAAGGAGGAGGCUCGGCAGGCUCAGGAGUGGAAGGAGAAGAAGUGGCAGAAGGACCAUGCCUACGAUGAUAUCUUCACAGAGGAGAACAUGGCUGGUUCGAGUAACCAGGACCGCGAUGAGAACUGGGAGGACGACUUUAUGUAAAAGGAGAGAGACAAUAUCAGAGCAGCAUGAUACAAUGCAUAUUCUUGCAAUUUUAUGCAACUAUGAAAUCCA